GCCCAACACCGCUGAUUGCUUAGCUUUACUUCUCUUUUUCCUUGUUCCACCAGACUCCCAAUUAUAUCAGAGAGUGGUUGUGUUGGUGCUCUUCUUUGCGAGUGAGACAAAGACACAAACACAAUGGAGUCGUUUCCUUCAUCAGCGCAAAUAGCCCAGCAAACAUGGGAGCUAGAGAACAACAUCAUGCCCGACUCGCCGUCGACGGCGACCACAAGGACGGACGCAUCCUCCGACGCCAUAUUCUACUACGACGACGCUGCUCAGGCCAAGUCCCAGCAGGAGAAGCCUUGGGCCAAUGAUCCCCACUAUUUCAAGCGCGUCAAAAUCUCUGCCCUCGCUCUCCUCAAGAUGGUCGUCCACGCCCGCUCCGGCGGCACCAUUGAGGUCAUGGGUCUCAUGCAGGGCAAGACCGACGGCGAUGCUAUCAUCGUCAUGGAUGCUUUCGCUUUGCCCGUUGAAGGGACUGAGACUAGGGUUAAUGCCCAGGCUGAUGCCUAUGAGUAUAUGGUCGACUAUUCUCAGAUCAAUAAGCAGGCUGGGCGGUUGGAGAAUGUGGUUGGGUGGUACCAUUCUCAUCCUGGUUAUGGAUGCUGGCUAUCAGGUAUUGAUGUUUCAACACAAAUGUUGAACCAGCAAUAUCAGGAGCCAUUUUUAGCGGUUGUUAUAGAUCCAACAAGAACCGUUUCUGCUGGAAAAGUUGAGAUUGGGGCAUUCAGAACAUAUCCAGAAGGAUAUAAACCUACAGAUGAUCCUGUCUCUGAGUAUCAGACCAUCCCUCUGAAUAAGAUUGAAGACUUUGGUGUGCAUUGUAAACAGUAUUAUGCAUUGGAUAUAACCUAUUUCAAGUCUUCUCUGGACAGCCACCUAUUGGAUCUGCUUUGGAACAAGUAUUGGGUAAAUACCCUUUCAUCCUCACCUCUAUUGGGUAAUGGGGAUUAUGUUGCUGGACAAAUCUCAGAUCUAGCUGAAAAGUUGGAGCAAGCAGAGAAUCAAUUGGCUCAUUCCCGCCUUGGGCCACUACUAGCCCCCCCUCAAAGAAAGAAAGAGGAAGAGUCACCCCUUGCUAAAAUUACUCGUGACAGUGCAAAGAUAACUGUGGAGCAGGUGCAUGGUCUAAUGUCACAGGUCAUUAAGGACAUCCUCUUCAACUCUGUCCGUCAAGCCAACGGAUCUCGAACAGAGCCAUCCGGCCCCGAACCAAUGAUCGAAAGUUGAUUUUAAUUUUUACCACUUUACCUUCUGGCGGUUUUGCUGUUGCUGUUAUAUGGGCUAAAUCUAGGGCCGGCCCAACUUCAUUUGUGGUCUUAGGGGAGAUUUAAAAAAAAAAAAAGAAUGAUGGGCCUUUUAAUUACACAUAUAUAUAUUUUUUAUUUUCUUGAUUA